GUCACCCACAAUUUAUAAAUAUGGAAAACAACAACAAACACUCCCUCCUCCAACCACUCAUCACACCAAUCUCUAGCCCUACAACCACCACCGCCGCCGCCGCCGCAACCUCAUCCACUUGUUAUUCACUUCUUGUUGAUCAUAACUAUGAUCCUUUUAUUAAAAAUUCCAAAAUCAUCUCAAACACCAACUUCAUCUUCCGGAUCCUCCUAGUGUUCUUGGUGGCAUCUAUCUCAAUUUGGGCAAACUAUGAAGCUUCUAGAACCUUUGACAUCAAUAUAGUGAAUGAUUCAAAGGAUUCUCAAGCCGGUAAGCGCUUUGAUCUCUUUUAUGUCUCAAAUGACAAAGCCACACGCAUAGUCCUAAACACAAGUUCCUUUGUUGAACAUUUCCUCUAUAAUAAUAGUAACAAUAUUAAACCCUACACCAAGAAGCAUAUAAAAAGUGUCACCCUCCGCCUCGUUGACCGGAAUCUCACCGCCGCCGCCGUCACCUUGGCCGAAGACCACCAUGCUAGUGGAAAAUAUUUCAAAGGGUAUAAUUAUAAUUAUAAUUAUGUGAUAGAUAUUAACCCUAUGUUAAUUGAAGAUAAAGAUUAUAACAAUAUGACAUUUAUAGUAGUGGGUGCAAUACAACGUGCCAUGGCACGGAUUUGGCUAUGGGAUGGUGGGUCUAGGGCUCCACCAAGGCUCGUUGAUGGAAUGGUUGAAUACAUUGUUGAGUUAGCCGGAUUCGGCCGAAAAAGGGUCUCCGGUGGUGGUGGCGACGGCGAUGGUGGCCGCAAUUUGCCGGAUUGUGGUGGUGGUCAUAGUGGUUGGUGGGAGGAUAAGGAGCCUAAAGAAGUGGCUCAUUACUUGCAAUAUUAUGAAAAUUACAAGAAAGGGUUCAUCCAACGGCUGAAUGAGGCCAUGAAGGACACGUGGCAUGAUCAUAUGGUGGAUGACGUGUUGGGCUUUCCAUCCAUGAAAAUUUGUGGUUUGUAUAAUGCUUCUUUUGGCUCAGUCGUCUCACCUGAAACUCGUUUUGUUUGAACUUUGAAGUUAUAUUUUUAUUUUAUUUUAUUUUUCUAAAUAUUUUUUCCCACUUGUUGUAUAUUAAUUAUAAUUAUUUAUUAUAGAAAAUGACAUGGAAUAUGAAAUAUUGUGGUUCUGAGUUGCCAUUGCCAA